AUGUUCAAAAAAUCGAAUAAACUCUCACCGCAACCCGUUCCUCCCUCGGUCGAGCAAAUAAUGGAAGACUUGGAAACGUUCUGCGUGGAACAUAAGCCAUUAGAGAAAAUACGCUCCUUCGACACCAGCAACGCAGAAGAGCCCGAUAUCGAGGAUUGGUGGAAGGUGUUCGAAACCUACCUGGAAGAUCACGAUCAGUUUCACAACAUGAAAAUCGACAUCGAGAAUCUGAAGAAGAAACUUCUGGCCACGCAAAAUGAACUGCAGGAAGCAAGAGACAACAUUCAGCGACAGAUUGACGAAGAUCUGGAGAAAAUUAGACUUACUAUUAAAAGCUGA